AUGCUGGUCGUCUGCAUGUGGAUAGCCCUGGGUAAGGGUGCUGCUUUGAUCCUAUCUUCUAUUUUCCCCUGGUUGCCCCGAGCUGCGACACGAGGUGCGCAGCUCAUCGCCACGACGUCUUCACCAAAGAGACGAAAAGUUUCCCCAGAGCCUCGCACCAGUCCAGGCCUUCGGGCUCGACGUCACGGCCGCUCCGAACCUCCACACUCUCGCCACACAUCCUCAUCUUCUUCCCGCGGCCAGAGUUCGUCGUUGUCCCCGCCUCGCUACGUGCCUGCGCAUCUGCAGUUUCAGUCCGGAAGCCCGCCUGGCCGCUCGCUCACCCCCGCGACCGCGACCGCCGGACUCACCCUCUCCAGCGACCAUUCCGACAUGCCCUCCGAUACUCGAGAGGGUACACCUCCGACCCAUGGACGAUCCCCUUCUCCCGGCGAGAAGCGCCCGGCAUCUGAGAUUACCGACUCCGACCCUGAAGGAGGCGUGAGUACUGUCGGCAAUAACGCGCGCACAUACAUCAUUCCCCGCACAUGCGAUGACACAAACAAUGAAUCGACAGAUCCCAUCACUUCAAGCAAUGACAAGACCGGGUCGGCAUCCUCGGCUGGCGAGCAGUCCAGACCAGCAUCGCCCAAAUCAGGCGAUCUUCCUACGAUCGAUGAGCAGGUGGCUGAGGUGAAUGCGCUGAUGGAGGCACCGUUGAAAGAUGGACAAAAGGGAUUUGUGGUUUCAAUGGCUUGGCUGAAGAAGGUGCUUGCACGUACUACGGCUCAUGCAGAUCACACAGAUAAAGGAUCAUUGGAUGGAGAUAUUGGUCCUGUCAACAAUUUGAACAUAAUGCUCGACACCGACCCAGCCACGCCCAGCUUCAAAGACGAAACUGGUGAAAUGUUUGUGCCUAUGCGCCCUGGUUUGCACGACGCUCUGGAUUUCGCAAUAAUUCCGCAACAUGGCUGGGACCUGAUCCAGAAGUGGUACGGCCUCGCCGACCAGUCACCUGUGAUCAUCCGCUACGCCCACAACACCAGCCAACCCGGUGAUACUGCAAAGAUUGAAUAUGAGACUUAUCCUCCAAUUUUCACCAUUUUCAAAUUGGCCAACCCCGCCGCGGGUACCACCCCGACCAUCUUGAGACAAACCAUUAAGCCGUCUGUCAAGAUCCUGGCCAGUCGCCAGACCAAUUACCAAAAAUGGUUGAAGGAUGCCAAAGAACAGACUGGUAUCGAUAUGUCGACCAAGGUUCGAGUUUGGAAGAUUCUUCAGCUACCUCGUAGCACUACUGCAUCAGCUUCAGCAACCCCAGCGGCCUCCCGCAGCCAAUCACCAGCUCCCCCAUUGGCUCUGGUCUCGAACCCCAACGACAAGCUCCUUUUCGAUUUGAAUGCUUUCCUCGAACUUCCAGAGGGAAGCCACCGGGUGUUGCUUGAAAAUGUCAAGGAUCAAACUCAAAAUGCAAACUACAACGGUCGUAUGACCUUGGAUAUGGCUGGUCUCAGUGUGACGAAUUGCGUUGUUCUUGAGGAACAGGUUGGCGGAUACAAAGGUGGAGAUUGGGUGUCUGAAGCGUCUGUCAAAACUCUCAAGAGUCUGGGUAUCCCUGUGGAUCAACCAAAGAACGAUGCUGUCGCCAAAGCAUCUGCCGCUAAAGCUGCGCUGAAGAGCACACAACCCAGUGGCAGAUCUACUCCUACCUCAGGACCCGAUCCAAUCAGUGGGCUCAUCUCUCGAGGCCGGAAGGGUAAACAGCUUAUCGUGGGAUUGCAAAACCUUGGCAACACUUGUUACAUGAACUCCGCGUUGCAAUGUGUGCGAAGCAUUGAGGAGUUGUCUUAUUACUUCCUCAGUGGAAUGUACAAACCAGAGCUGAAUCCUACCAACGUCCUUGGAUGUGGCGGUACCAUUGCCAAGCAAUGGGCCAACUUGCUUCAGGAGCUCUACAAAUCGGACCCUCAGCCAAGAUCUGUCAACCCUUACAGGUUUCGUUCUGCCGCUGGUCGGCAACGUGAAGACUUUGCUGGCUAUGAACAACAUGAUAGUCAGGAAUUUGUGAUGUUUCUCCUUGAUGCACUGUCGGAAGAUCUAAGCCGCAUCGUUGGCAGCAAGCCCUCUACUGUCAUCCCUGAUUCGACCGAUGAGAUGAUUCACGACCGCAAGGCUCUUGAGGAUUUCGGAAAGAAGUGUUGGGACCUCUAUGAGGCUCGCAACGCCUCCGUUAUCACCGAUCUAUUUGCCGGAAUGUACAAGUCCACACUGAUUUGCCACAAUUGUGAAAAAACCAGCAUCAUCAUGGAUCCUUUCACAAUGGUCACUGUGCCCAUCCCAACGGGUCCGACGCUCAUCAACCGAACCAUUAUAUUCUACCCUCUUGAUGGCCCACCCGUGUCUCUGAAAGUCCGGCUCGAUGAACACGAUACCUUGAGGACCUGGAAAGACUUUAUCGCCGAAAAGAUGGGGAUUGAUGGGGAACGAAUCUUUGCGGCAGAAACAUUGCACAAUUCCUUCUGGCAAACAUUUUGUGACGAUGACGAUACUUUCGGCAGUCUACGCAUUACUCAAGAAGACACCAUUGUGUUCUUUGAUCUUGGACCUCUCCCAGCAUCUACUAAUUCUUCCGACUCUACCUCCAAUGACGAUGCAGUCCUUGUACCCGUCUUCCAUCGCAAACUUGUUCCACGCAAGAACAAAGAGGCCACUCAUGACCUUUUCGGAAUGCCAUCCUUCAUACGUCUUUCUGGCGAAGAGACUCAAGAUCUUGAGGCCAUUUACCACAAACUCCUCACUCAGGCCAAUAAUAUGACUACACACGACAUUCUGGCUGCCGAAGAAAACAGCCACGACGAUAAUGCAACUGAUGACUCUGACACCGUAGUCACAAAUGAGGAUGAUGCACGAUCGGCAGAUUCCCGAAUCAAAACAUCUUCGGUUGACGGUGAAGACAGCAUGGUUGACAUUUCUAUGCAAACUGAGGCGUCAAAGUCUGCAGAGGGCACUGAUGAGUCGGACUCUGACUCUGACUCUGAAUCUGUCAAGUCCCCUCAGCAUCCUCUUGCUGGCAAAAUUCCUGCCAAUUUGUUGUCACUCUUUGAUGUAACGGUCAUGAGCACAAACGCUACUCUGCCUGACGGACGCAAUGUUUCCGCCAUGAAAAAAUACCCCUCCAUUUCCUCUCGCAUCCCAUCUCCUCCUACUUCUAUCAAGGGAUCCGAUGCUUCAUCCAAAAUCUCCGCAGAUGACAAUCUCGAUGAAGACGUCGAUACAGAUGAAUCAGAUUCGACACCAAACUCAGCACUCUCGCUUGUUCGACAAGGUGAUGCCAUUCUUCUUGACUGGUCUUCCGAUGCCGUUGACUCUCUUUUCGGCGGCAAGCCUCGUGACCCUGAGGAGCUCCGUGGUCGCCCUACCCACAUGAAUAUCAAGAAUGUCUUUGAUCACGCCAUGGUGGUAAGCCAGAAAAAGCCGAAGCCAUCAAAUGUCACUCUCGACCAAUGCCUGGAUGAGUUCAGCAAGGAGGAGAUUCUUUCUCGGGCAGACAGCUGGUUCUGCCCUCAGUGCAAGACCCACGUUUCGGCCACCAAGAAGUUUGAGCUUUGGAGAACCCCGGAUAUUAUGGUCGUUCAGCUCAAGCGGUUUAGCCAAUUCCGCGGCAGGAACGGGCACAAGAUCAGCACUCUCAUCGACUUCCCCUUCGAGGGACUAGAUUUGAGCAGCCGAGUGGAAGGCCCCAUGGAUGGAAAGAGUGCGGUGUACGAUUUGAUUGCUGUCGACAACCACAUGGGUGGAAUGGGUGGUGGUCACUACACUGCCUACAUCAAGGACUUUGUCUCUGGUGCCUGGGUCUAUUGCAAUGAUACCUCUGCAAAGAAUGUCACAAACAUGCAGUCGAUCAUUACGGCGGGUGCCUACCUCCUGUUCUACCGCCGUCGCUCCGACCAUGCACUGGGCAACCAGGAGCUGCGGGAGCUGGUUGAAGGCUACCGGAACCGCGAGGCGAGUGUUCCUGGCAGUCCCUCCCGCUCCCGCAGUCCCGGUGGUUCCCAAUCGCUUUCGGAGGACGGCGGUCGUAUCCUUGGCCUCGGACCCCGCAAGGGGUCAUCUGCCUUGGCCGGAGCAGGAGUGGCACCCCGAGUGAGCCGGGGGCAAGACUCCCUCGGCAAUGACCUGUACUCUUCUGCCGAGGAGAGUACUUCGGACUCGGAAGAUGGUGGCAGCGAAGGUAAGAAAAUCGACUUCGAGCACGAGAACGGGGGAUCGCAGGUCGACUCCCUCAGCAAGCUCACGGAACCCUCUUGGUCGUUCGACGCCGCUCACGACAUCUCACAGAUAACGGGUGGUAAUACUGCGACCGAAGAUGGCAUUUUCGAGGGUCGAUGUUCAUGGGGUGAUGGCAUGGACAUCGACCCUCAGUUUCAGCUUGGUCUCACUUCUGGGGGGGAGGGGGAGGAUUCCUCCGAUGAUCUCCCAGUCGUGGAGCUACGUGUGGGGUCUGAGGACAUGAUGUCCGAGGACCCAUGA